UAGUGCAUCUCUCUCUCUUAAUCUCUCUCUUUCUCUAUGGAGGGUGACUACCUCGAAUUAAGUCAAUUUCCCUACAAUCCCCAUCCAUUCCCCUAUAAUUCUCAUCAAUCUUCAUUAGGAACCACCGGGUUCCUAACAAAUGGUAUCAGAGCCGUUGAUCCAGAGACGGGCAAUUUUGAUGAAAGAAAACUUUUGAAAAAAAUACAAGGAUUGUUGAACAAAGCUUUAGAAGAAUCUAAGGAUAUUUCAAAGAAGAUGAAGGCCUUGGAUGAAUCUAACAUGGCCAUGAAGGAGGAGCUCUCAAGAUUGCAAGAGGGUCUCGAGAACAUGACAGAAGAGGAGUUACAAUCUCUUGAUUCAAUGAAACCCGAAGAACAAAUCAAGUUCCAAGAAUCUACUACUGUUGUUGCAAGCCUAGAUGUUGAUUUUUGUGUCAAAGUGGAUGAUGAUAUACAUGUACAUGCUGCCCUUGAAGUUCAGUCGAAAGAAUCAACAAAGAAGGUGAUGAUGAUCUUCCAAGAACCCAUUCUUGAUGCACCAAUGGAGGCUUCCAUUCAAGAGUCUAUGAUUCAAGAAUUGGCAAUCCAAGUGUCGGUGAUCCAAGAAUCCAAGAUACAAGCUCCAAGAACUCUAAUGGUUCUAGAAUCAAAUGAGGUCUUGAGGAUACUAGAACAUUUCAAGGUUCAAAGAACCAAUGAGACCUUGAAGAUUGAAGAACCAUUGAAGGCUCAAGACUUUGAGCAAAGUUUGAAGAUCUACGAAGAAGAAACCUUCAUGUGCACCGGGCCGCUUGUCAAAGAGAAAUGCAUGAAUAUGGUGACCAAAAUGUCACUACGGUAUUGGUCCAUUGGAAGAUCUCCUUUGAUGAAGAUGUUAUUUCACAACAACACCUUGUGGGCAAGGUGUUUUCAAGGGGAGGGAAAUGUUAGGAAUGCUAUAAGCAUAUGGAUAAUAAUUGUUGUAUUGAGAUUUAGUUAGUUAGUUAGUUACAAUUCCAAGCAUGUUAAUCACAUUUAGCA